AUGGAUGUCGCAAAAUGUGCCAUAGUGUCUGUCGCUGAGACAGUCCUUUUGCUCAAACUCGGCCGUGUAGGACGUCACGGGUUUCUUGACCAGGCGUUUGGACUUUUUGUGGGCCAGUAUAUCGCAUUCAAACUUUAUUUUGUUCUCAUAUGGCCAUUCCUGGUAUCUCCCUUACGACAUUUGCCUGGGCCCAAGGGUGGCAACCUUGUGCUUGGGCAGCUCCUCAAUCAGGUCAAGGCUCUGCCCAGUGAACUUGAGAAGAAAUGGAUGGCGGACGCCCAAGAUGCCCCAUUUAUUAGAUACUUGUCUUUUCUCAACACCGAGGUGCUCAUGGUAAACUCUGCCCGUGCCCACAAGGCAGUCUUGCAGACCAAGUGUUACUCCUUUGUCAAACCCAAAUACUACGAACGCGUUGUGGGAGAAAUUGCAGGCCACGGAAUCUUGUUUAUGGAAGGUGAAGAGCACAAAAAGCAGCGGAAGCUGCUCCUCGCUCCUUUCUCCUUUAGUAAUAUCAAGCGACUUCUCCCCUUUUUCGAGGUCAAAGCGAGAGAAAUGUCCGGUAUUAUCAAGAGCCAACUUGGCCCAGACGGCUAUAAUGUAUUAGAAGUGUCCGAGCUCCUCUCAAAGACAACUCUUGAUGUUGUUGGCCUGGCUGCCCUUGGAUACGAGCUGAAUAGUCUGUCAACUCCUUCGCAACUGGCAACAAGCUAUGGGAAAAUUUUCGAGUUCGCCACUCCUUUGCAGAUUCUCAUCUCGGUUGUCCAUCAGUUUGUACCGAUUCGACAAUGGCUUCCUCUGAAGACGAAUCAGAGCUUUGUGGAAGCCAACGCCACUGUAAGAAAGAUACUUCGAGAGCACAUCCAGAAGCGGAAAAGCGAAUUUCGAGAAGGCCUCAUCAAGGGCGAAAAGGCAAAUCGUGAUCUUCUAACAUUGAUGAUCGAAGAAAGCAAGGAUACAUGGUCAGAGGACGAAAUGCUUGGCUACGUAGUCACUGCCCUGCCGGCUGACGUCUCUCCUAGUGGCCACGAGACUACCGCGGGUGCUUUAACCUGGACAUUAUACGCCCUUACACUCCAUACAAAGGUUCAGGACAGACUACGGGCAGAAGUCUUGUCGACGGUGACAUCGUCUUCUCCAAGUUACGAGGAACUCGACAACAUGCGCUUUUUGAACAACGUUAUGAAGGAAGUGCUCAGAUACUACCCCCCUGCACCAACCUUUCCCCGGCAGGCUGCCGAAGACGUCGAGAUUGAAGGCGUAAGGAUACCACAAGGGACGUUGAUCAUGAUCGCGCCGGCCGCACCUCAAUACAACACCCACAUCUGGGGCCCGAACGCCGAACAGUUCGACCCCGACCGCUACGACCACCUUCCCGAGCCAGCCAAUGACCCAUAUGUUUCCUUGGCUUUCUCUGCGGGCCCAAGAGUGUGCAUCGGGAAAUCUUUCGCUAUUCUGGAAUUCAAGGCUAUCCUCACGGAGCUCAUUCGGAACUUCAGCUUUGAGAAUACCGGGUUGGUUGAGCCCCAGAAGAGUGGACCGAGCUUGCGGCCACUCAACGGAAUGAGGCUGAAAGUGAGGCUCGUAUCUUGA